AUGGGCUUGAACAAUGCUUCUGAGGGUACUCUUCUACUUGGUGCCGUUGACCAUGCAAAAUAUGAGGAGCCUCUUCAGAAAGUAAGAAUGGUUGAUAUGUUUUUGGGCGGGCCCAGCUCCGUUCUGAUUCUAUUUGACGGAUUUCUGGGCAAUGGCUUUAAUUCAGAUGUCAAUAUUCCCAUCGAAAUAACGAUGGAGUACACUGGACUGUCAUUUCCUUACGGCUCGAUUGACGGUAUUCUUGAAUACUUGGAGGUCGAAAAUGAUAAUUUCGGAAAUUAUCUAGUUCAGUGUAACUUGUUGAAUCUGACAGAACUGAUUUCGUUCUACUUUAGUGGUGUUGAAAUUCAGGUUCCGGUUCGAAAUCUUGUCAGCCAAGUAAGUAGUGGUUUUUGCGUUCUUUCUAUUAUUGAGGGUCCGGGGCUGGCCUAUAUUGGCGACGAUAUACUUCAAAGUGCAUACUUUGUGGUCGAUUUGAACAACAAGGAAGUGGCUUUGGCCCAAGCUAAGAAUUCUUCCAAUGAAAAUAUUGAAGACAUCAUUUCCACAAUUCCCCUGGCUCUGGAAGCUCCGUUGUAUUCAUACACGAAUGUUGCUAAAAAAUAUUCGUAUGAAACUAGUGAGUGGUUCACUUCGCUGUACAAGGUCCCUCAUCGGCCCAAAUACUCUACCAAUACCGGUAGCCGGUCUGUUGAUUGGGGAAAUACAACUUACCGUCUUGAAUUCUCAACUUCUUCUGAUUAUUACGGAUAUUGGGCUUCACGUAAUGGUGGUGAGCAAGGUAAAGGUAUUGGAAGUGGGUUAUCGACGCUUGCUUUGCUAUUUAUUCAGAUUCUUUCAACUCUUCUUUAA